UUGCCGUGACGAGGAGUACACAGACGUUACGCACUCGGACUGAAGUUUUGAGUGUAGCUUAAGAUUGAUCAUGCUCAACGCGGAAGAAAGAGGAGAAGCAAAAUAAAAAACGCUGGAUGUGAUCAAUGAUUAUGAUUUACUGACUGGGAGUGCGCUCCUCCGGGCUGUGGCGGAUAUAUGGUUGACUCAGUCACCCAUAACUUUUGUGUUAUAAUUUGCUUCGGAGGAACUAACGUUAAUUCAGAGCCAUUGUGAUGGAGAUGUCUUUGACAUGGAUGCUGUUGUGUCUGCUCCUGCGGGCGUCGACUGCACAGAGCCCUGCACCUGAAGGAGUGCUGAACUGCUGCGAGGGUGACGUCCUCUUCAUAUUGGAUUCUUCAGGGAGUGUGUCUUCCUAUGAGCACUCCCGCAUGCUCGCCUUUCUUUCUGAGCUCCUGCUCCCCUUCUCACUGGGAGAGGACCAGGUGAGGGUAGGACUCCUGCAGGUGGGCACGCGACCCCGCCUCGAGUUUGGCUUUGACACCCACAGCACCCAAAGUGGCCUCCAGGGGGCAUUGAGGAACAUCAAACCUCUAAGGGGGGACACCAACACAGUGGAGGCACUGAGAAUGGCAAAGGAGUGGGUGCUGAGACCCGGAGCAGCGGGAGGGGCCAGGGUGGGGCUCCCAAGAGUGCUGGUGUGGUUGACGGAUGGGGUAAAACCAGGCGAUGUAAUUGGACCAAUGGCCAGGCUGCAGGAGGAGGGCGUGGCUGUGCUGGUGGUCUCCACAGGGCAUGGCAACUAUCAGGUGUUGAGGCAAGUGGUGACCCCGCCUGUAGAAACCAACCUGUACUUUGUGGACAUCGAUGAUAUGAGCAUCAUCACAGAGGACGUGCGGGAUGCCAUCAUUGAGAUUAUCCGGGCUGAGCGAAUCCAGGUCCGUGACGUCUCCUCCAACUCUGCCACGCUCCUGUGGCGGCCUGUUCUGUCUGGUUUGAUGGGCAGCUAUGAGAUCCGUUUUCGUCCACUUCUGACGGGAGGAGUAGGGGUUUGGAGACCUGGGACCAGUCCCAGCACCGGUGGUGGUGAAUACCAGAAACAAACCCAAUCUGCAGAUUCCAGCACUGCCAAGCUAACAGGCCUGAAGCCUGACACCACCUAUUCCGCCAUACUGAUCCCGAAGUCCGAAGGACAAACAUUUAACCAACUCUCUGUCAACUUCACAACAAAGCCAGAAGUUCUGAGCCCAGCUGUGGUAACAGUCUCUGAGUUGGGGCAAACCAGUGUUCGGUUGAGUUGGGGUCCUCUUCAGCCAGAGAUGGUCACAAGUUAUUACAUCGAGUACUCUGGCUUGCCAAGGGGCAAGCUCCACGCUGUCACAGUGGAUCGAAGGGAAAACUCCACGCUCCUCAGAGACCUCCAACCAGAUACCACUUACUUGGUCACUGUUAGUGCUCUGCAUGCUUCGGGCAAGGAGAGGGCCAUGUCUGUCAAAGUGUGUACUCAGGAAGUGACUCCUGCCCUGGCAGACCUCCAGCUAACCACAGUGGGUAGUGACUCAGUGCAGGUCGAUUGGAAGGGCAGUGUACCCGGUCUGAGGGGUUACUGGCUCACCUGGGAGGGACAGCAAAACUCUGUACCUGGCCAGCGCUCCUCCCUCUAUUUGCCGCCCGACUCUCUGUCAACGCGCCUCACACACCUCCCCCCAUUGGCUAGAGUGUGUGUGUCACCCAUUUACCGGACGGCCCGGGGAGAGGGACUGUGUUGCACGGCACAGUUUCAUUCACAUGGAUUAGCAUAUGGCUACCAGUCAUAGCACGCCUGAAUUGCAAAUGUACCUUACCAAACAUGGAGGGACAGAGGGACCAUGGCAAGAAGAAUGUUGACUUUCAUCCAUAAUUCCUUUCCGUGCCUCUCCCCUCUUUGAGCAUCAUCCAGGAAAUAUGUGUGGUUUGGCUACUGAACACUCAUGUGGAAGCCAUAGACACUUAAGAGUGGUCUGGGACAAUAUGGCCACACGUUGACUGCAAACAAUCUGUAACACUUUCCAUUUCUAUUUCUUAUUUGGUUUACACCUGUAGUAAAUGCAUAAUGCUUUCAAUUUAAAGAUGCAAACUUAAGAUACAGAUAUUUCUUUGGGCUGUUUUGCAGAUACACAACAAAGCAUGCUGGGAAUGUUGGAUGUUUUAUGUUGCUUGUUUCGGAGAAAGGCUUUGCACCAUAUGUGGGCCUCAUGCCCAACAUUUUUUUGAGAUCUAGCUAACAUCUGAUUUACAUUUCUAAUGAAUACUUAUAACUUGUACUUAAAUUACUUCUCUUUCAACACAUGCUAUGUGUAUGUGCACACUGGACGGCAACAAGGGGAUGUUAACAUAGUGUCCCUAAUAACAGAUCUUCAAGAUUACUUUGAACUUUUCAGAAAUUACAAACAGACCAGCCACAUGCCCUGAAGCUAUGGAGACACUGCAUAUGAUACAAAUGUGUGUAACUGAGAGUAGUCUUGUAUUGGUCUCUGGACAUACAGUAGAUCCAUCAUUGAUAUUUAUUAAUUAAGAGUUAUGUAAGAAUGAGAAUUCAUAGCAUUCAGUAUUUACAGACAAGCUGUUUACACUGUAAGACUGUUUUAAGCCAGUCUUUGCUGCCCCCUACUGAAAUCAUUCUUACCUACAUAGAGCUGUUUACUGUUAUCCUCUCAGAGAAUAUGUAUUAUGAUAUAUUUGUUGAUCACGAUUGGAAUUUAACAUGAGCUUGCAAUAAAGUCCUUAUAUAAUUUUGUUUAUACUAA